GCAUUUCCACUUCAGUGUUGAUCGGGCAGUGCAAGAAAGAGGGCAAUCAUUUGCGGUUUAAAUUUGCGGUUUGAGAAACUUUACUCUAAAGAACCACUUGAUAGACGUACAGCUGAAGGAAGAAAUAGACACAAGUGACCGUGGAAACGACGUGUAGUGCUGUGAUAAUAGUAGGGUAAAAGUAAGGUUCCAAAAUGUGUGAUAUCCUAGCGGCGAUAUCCUACAGUUACGGUUACAAUGAGCGACCGAGAAAGCGUGUAAAAAUAAAUAUGACUAUACCAUCAAGGCCGGCACCACCUCCUCCGCAGCGUAAUACGACCGCUCCCUUGCGCUACACACCAACGACGGAUUGGGACUUCUGUGCGUUCGAUGCCAGCAGCACAUCCAGCAGCCAAGCUGUCGUCGCCGGAAACGGACCAUGCUUUGCACCAGCGCAGCAGAAUGUGAAGUCCAAAAAGCCACCACCACCUAGACCUCCGCCACCGAAACUAUCGGGUGCCCCAACCGCCGCCCCACUCAAGAAGCCUAAUCAACCACAAUCGAUAAAUAUUUUGUCCAGUUUGUUUGGUCAUAAGCGAGGAUCGAAUGGAUCGGCGACUGCUAGCAAAUCAGCCAGCUGUACUGGUGCAUCCCAUCAAAAGCAAAGUGUUAGUUUAAAGCUCCCGCUUCCACCGACUGGUUCGGGUUCUUUGUCGAAGCACGCCGCUAAUCACACAGUUUUUGCCGAAAGUGGUGUGCAGUACAACAGUACAAACUAUGCUUCAUUCGCACAGCAAUCGACGAGGAGUGCCGGCACAGGAGCUGCGGAAAUGCAACUGAUAAGCUUCGACUCGCCGCCCAGUUCGCCGACGUUCACACAAAAGUCUUGCAGCGAUUGCAUUAGCGUGGAUAGUUUCAGCUCGGAUUCGAACUACUCAUCGCCGAACAAUGGCAACAUGUCACAGGCCGAGAGUGGAUUCGAGGAUGAUUUUGUUGCAUGUGGCAGUAACAACCACAAUCGACACAACCGGAACGGUUCGAACGUACCCUGGGGAGAUCUGGAUCCGUUUGACGGCGGGGCUGUAACGAGCACCACACCAGGGCCAAUCCUUUACGGCACCGUACCGCUGGCAUCGUCCGCAACGGCUCAGAUUCGUACUCCGCUGAUAAACAGCAAACUGCAGCAUUCGGAUUUCGUUGACCCUUUGUGCAACGGACAGAGCGUUCUACCGAAGUUGCCAACGGUGUCGAUGCCGACUAUAAUAAAACCGCCCAGUAACCCGGACAGCCAAAAGUCCACUCCGUCCCAUUCGAUCUCGAUGCGGAACAAAGCUUUGGCCCCAACGACGAAACCGAUGCCUCCAAAGGAACCCUCUUCGCUGUACGCAGGAUUGGAGGACAGUUUCUCCCUGGAUACGACAGAAGCUUUCGAUUCGCUCACGUCCCAUCCAAUGCCCAGUGUGCCUCCUCCACCACCACCAUCCACAGACCUGGAGACGUAUGGGGAAGAACCGUACGGCAUUGCUAUGUAUGACUUCCAGGGUGAGGCGGAUGAGGAUUUGAGUUUCAAGACAAACGAGAAGAUUUAUCUGCUGAAGCGACUGAACGACGAAUGGUAUAUGGGUCGCGACAAACGUGGCCUAGAAGGAAUGUUUCCCGUAAACUACGUCGAGGUGAAGGUUCCGCUGCUAGCAGGCUGCUUGUACGACGAACGGUCGCAGCAGCAUAGCGUGGCGUUACCAUUGACAACAUCAACAGCGAGCUUUGGCGAUGGUGUGCUGAAGGUGCGGGCUCUGUACAAUUUUAAAGCGGAAGCUCCGGAAGACCUUAGCAUGGUGGAGAACGAUUUAGUUGCCGUUCUGUAUCAAAUCACUCCCGAAUGGCUGUAUGGAGAGAUUGAUGGCCGAAGGGGUCAAUUUCCUGCAAACUACAUAGAGUAUGUGCCACAGAAUCUACCGCAAAUGCCUACCGCCUGCAGCAGCAGCAGCAGCAGCAGCAGCUAAGCACCAAAUGCAACAAUGGAAGAAUGUGUCGAAUCUCGAGUAUUUACAUAACCUAGCAGAGCUUGCCUCGGCACAGAGCGCAGCAUCGUGAAAACCGAAACUACUGCAUCACACAGAGACACGUGAAAACAGCCAGGGACCAAGGCGUAUGGUCUCUCCCCUUUUUAAAACUAAAGAAGCUGUGAUUUUUUGUAUUUGUAGUGUGUGGCUUCUUACAAGCAGAAGAAGAAACGUUGCUGAGGCAACAACGGGUGUGAGUGUGUAAAUCGCGUAUUGUAAGCCAUCAUUUAUUAGCCGGAUAAGUUGGUGAUAAUUAGCUAGUAAGCCAUGGUCACUUUGGACACUAAAGCAGAACAAGAGCUCACCCGCCCAUCCGCAGCACAGCAUGCAGCAGGUUCGAAAACAAUCAUGCUGAUAAACGGUUAGCACACGGAGCCUGAUAGAUAGACAAUUGUCAAGUUUGUCUGUGUAAAUGUGUAAAAUGUGCCGUCUACAACGGUGUGUAAAGAAUGUCAAGGCAAAAGUGUCUGUAAAUGCGAUAUUUAACGCGUAUCUCUCGGGACGUCUUCACCGUGUUCUCGUUCUCGUGGCCAAAGAGUUGAACCCACUGCGCCUAUUGCUAGUUGAGAGGUAAAAGCUAAUGGUCUAAAUUGUAAUAUAAUAAGGAAAACACUAAUAUAUGCAACGGAAACAAUAGGUCUGAAUGAUCACACAGCUGUUUGAAAAACGAGGCACAACUUCUAGCAAAAUAAGAGUGCAUAUGACGUGGUGCUUGAGCGAGUACCAUGUUUAAAAUCAGAAAUUCAUAAGGGACGAUGUACACAUCACUGCUAGACGGUUUCGUUUCCUUCUGC